AUGGGCACAUUCGGGGGCCACGCCUUACCCGGUACCUUUUUCGUCAUAUAUGCCCUUUUCUUAACUAUCUGUGCCUGUCUCAAGUUUCAGCAAAGCUCAAAGAGAGGCACGCGCUUCAAAUCUUUUGCUUCAUUCUACUUUCCUUACGGCAAACUUCAGCGUUUUCCAUUGGAAGGUUUGCUCAAAGUUUUGCUGACGACAGUUGCUUUGAGCAUAGAGAUAUUUACAGGAUUCGACAAUGGGAAGUUUGUAUUCAUGGGAAAUGCUCAACAUGCCACCAUGUUUGCGUAUUUCGGUUUCAAUGGUGUAAUUGAUUUGUUACAACAUUUCAAAGCCCCCCUUCCACGUGACACUGAGUAUGUAACUCUUGCUAUGGCAUUCAUGGUCGAAGGACUUCUUUUCAAAUUCCAUCUUCAUGGCCGCACUCAACUGGACAUACUCGUUCAUACACUACUGUUGUAUGUGGUGUACGCUUGUAUCAUCUCGGUGAUUGUAGAGAUGAAAUAUCGACGUUCUAUCUUGUCCCCUCUGGCUCGGGCGUACUUUUUGCUUAUUCAGGGCACCUGGUUUUGGCAAGUUGGUUUUAUUCUUUACAACCCAUCGCCAAAUGCAAUAAAAUGGAACGAGGAGGAACACGGGGAAUUAACACUGGCAACCAUACUCUUUGCGUGGCACGCGCUGGCUGACUUCAUUAUCCUACUGGUGACGGCCGUAACCAUCCAUGUCUGCUGUCGUCGGGGAAAUGGAAUCGCUGAAAACGAUGUUGGCUUAAAAAGGUUGUUGCAUUCAGGAAGCAAUGAUCAGUCGGCUGUGUGCGUACAGUCUGACAGUGGCAGUGAUCUGGAAUUUGAGCAACCGACCGUGGGAGUAAACAGAUAA